CUGAAUAGGAAACAGGGAGGGGAGGCCGGAGCUUUCAGACCCUCACACACACACAUUACAUUGUCACCCCUUCAUUCAAGUACUGAGACAUGCUGUACACCCUGACAAAGCUGCAGGAGCACAGAGCACUGUAAAUACAAUUUGGAGGUAGAUGAAAAUAUUCACACAGCAGAGAGAAUGAGGUCGCCAUAUUUUCCAGCCAGAUCUGUGCUUUUCCACAAGGAGCCGAACGGAGUGACGUACAGAGUCCCAGCUCUGCUCUACCUGCCCCGCUCCAGAUCCUUUCUGGCCUUCUGUGAGGAGAGGCUCAGCCCGUCCGACUCUCAGGCUCACCUGCUGGUCGUGAGGAAAGGCACUUUCUACAGGAACUAUGUGGAAUGGGAGGACAUCCGUGUUCUGGGCACCGCUUUCCUGCCAGGCCACCGAUCCAUGAACCCGUGCCCGGUCUACGAUGAGUUCACGGGCACUCUCUUUCUGUUCUUCAUCGCUGUUCUGGGUCACACCUCAGAGUCCUACCAGCUGGUGACAGGGAAGAACGUGACCAGACUGUGCUACGUCUCCAGCACUGAUGAUGGUGACACCUGGAGUCCUGUCACCGACCUCACCAAGAAGGUCAUAGGAGACACUAUUAAAGAAUGGGCCACCUUCGCUCUCGGCCCGGGCCACGGCAUCCAGCUGAAGUCGGGUCGUUUGCUCAUUCCUGCCUACGCCUACCACAUCGAGUGCAAAGAGUGCUUCGGGCACCUCUGCCAGACCACUCCCCACUCAUUCUGCUUUCACAGUGACACCCACGGGAGAACCUGGCGCUUUGGAGAGGCGGUCCCAGGACCAGAGACCGUGGAGUGUCAGAUGGUGUCUGUGGACGAAGAGGAUGGGACUAACGUGUUAUACUGUAAUGCUCGAAGCCCUCUCGGGUACAGAGUGCAGGCCCUCAGUCUGGAUGAUGGAGCCGUGUUCCAGGAGGGGCAGCUGGUGCAGCGGUUGGUGGAGCCUCGAAAUGGUUGUCAUGGGAGUAUUAUUGGAUUUCCUGCCCCGUUAAAUCUGUGUCAGAGUCUUAGCAACGAUUUGCAGCAACCUGUACGGCUCUCACGACACUGGACAUCCUGCACCAUAGAGUCCAGUCUCUCCAAGUCAACUACCAGCUCUGUAGCCUUUUCAGUGUCAGCAAACAGCUCCAGCACCACCAGCUCCAUCCCACCUCCUCAUGAAGCCCCUCCGGAUUUCCUGACUCCUACGUGGGUAGUAUAUUCCCACCCAACAUGGACGACUGCACGCAAAAACCUGGGCUUGUUCCUCAGCCUUUUCCCCCGUGAUCCAGACAGCUGGCGUGGCCCCUGGGUGAUCUAUGAUGGGCCGAGCGCAUACUCUGACCUGGCCUACCUGGAGCUGUCACCCUCACCUGGAGCCCCACCUGCUGUGGCCUUCGCCUGCCUGUUUGAGUGUGGUACCAAAACAGCUUACGACGAAAUCUGCUUCAGCAUCUUCACCCUCUACGAGCUCAUCGAUAAUCUGCCCCGGGACGUCUGGCUGGAAACAAACAACGAAGGACACAGAAAACAGCAGGGGAGGAGCUGCAGACGUGAUGCUCAAAGUGCAGCAGUUUCCCAACAGGUGACUCCUGUGAAGAAGAGGAGGAAGAAGAGCAAGCUGGCUGAGAUGUGCUCUGUGUCUUAAUGUAGAUUUUAAACUUGUGAUACAAGUCGUCCA